GCCAUACGCAAAAGAUGGCGUCUCAUACGACUUUAGGACAUCUGGUUUUUGUUCUAGCUAUAAUAUUUGCAUCGCUAACUUGCACUGCAUAUGCUAUUUGGGUCCCCUCCGUCCCUGACAGCGGCCACCUCAGCUUUCUCCACGGAAAGCCCCAGCAGGGCAAGAGUCAAGAUCGUGGGGUUGCAAACCAGCAUCCCAUUAUGGAAGAAACAGCACCAAAUACUAUUGUGAUAUCUCCAUUUGAUCCGGAUGAUGAUAUUGAAAGCAGCGAUGGUCGGCCCGUCGUCUCGGAUGUCCUCCCCAAAAAUCGCGCGAUCAAUAUCUUCGCCUCACUUACACGAGACUUUGAGCCGAUUGCAUCCCGUCUGAAUGAUGAGUCUCGGAAUGUAACGGUUCUAGCCCCUAGGAACAGUGCGAUUCAGGCGCUCCGACGCAAACCCUGGGAAAGUACGGAGGAAUACAGACAAUUUGGGCCUGAGGCGUAUGAGGGACAGGAUGGACAGGAUCGGGCCAAGAAUAAUCUAAGACGAUUUGUUGAGGCACAUCUUAUUCCUGUGAGCCCGUGGAAGAAUGGCGAAGAAGUGGAGAGCUUGGGCGGUGGAAAGUUGAAAUGGACGAAGGAGGCCAAUAAGAUCUUUAUCCAACCUGGGAAUAUUGAGGUCGACACUGUUGCAGAGAAGGUUUCUAAUGGCGAGGUUUGGAUUCUUAACGGCGUUAUUAAUUAUACUUGAAGAUUUCAGUAUGGGCUAUGAAUAUUACGACACGACGCUACAACCAUAGCUGGCGUUUCUAGUUUACUU